AUGGCUGUCACUGAGAAGAAUAGGGCUCAGGCCAGUGAGAAUGGGGUCAGAAACAGUACUGAGAUAGAUACAGUACGCCAGGAAGCUGCUCUGGGUCACAAGCAGGAGCUGUCGCGCAACUUUGGACUAUGGAGUGUAACAAGCUUGGGAAUUGUUAUCGCCAAUUCCUGGGCCGCUACUGGUGGUACGAUCGUGACUGCGCUUAUGAAUGGAGGUCCGAUGGCCCUGCUCUAUGGGUUGAUACUCGUCAGUGUUUUCUACACGGCUAUUUCAGCCUCGCUGGCUGAAUUGGCAUCCUCAAUGCCCUCCGCGGGCGGAGUAUACUACUGGUCCACGGUGCUGAGUGGCAAGCAUGGUCGCGCUGCUGGAUUCUUCACUGGAUAUCUCAACGCGUGCGCCUGGCUUCUGUCAGCUUCGUCAAUGAGCUCCAUGCUGGGAAAUGAAGCGGUGGCUAUGUAUCUGCUCCGUCAUACCGACAUUACCUGGAAUUCCUGGCAGGUAUUCAUUGUCUUCCAAAUCGUCAAUUGGACAUGCUGUGCAAUUGUUUGCCUCGGAAACCGGUUUAUUCCUAUGAUCAAUCGCCUGGCACUGAUCUUGUCAAUGUGCGGACUCUUUGCAACAAUUGUGGUACUUGCGGCCAUGCCAAAGACACAUGCCAGCUCCACCCAAGUAUGGAAAACAUACUACAAUAUGACUGGUGGCUGGUCUGACGGGGUCUGCUUCAUGACGGGUCUACUCAAUGCUGCAUUCGCUGUUGGGGUUCCAGACUGUAUUAGCCAUUUGUCAGAGGAGGUUCCCAAGCCACAGGUUAAAGUGCCCCAGGGUAUCAUGCUCCAAAUGUUGACAGCCUUCAGCACCUCUUUCAUCUAUCUUAUCGCUUUGUUCUAUUCGAUCCAAGAUAUUGAUCUUGUUUUCGAUAGCAGCUCGGGCUACUUCCCCACUGCUGAGAUCUACCGGCAAGCAACAGGAACCACCACCGGUGCCAUCGGCCUCAUUGCUGUGCUAUUCCUGGCUACGUUCCCAACUCUGAUCGGUACCUUCGUGACCGGAGGACGCAUGUGGUGGAGCUUGGCCCGUGACGGCGCAACACCCUUUUCGGACUACUUUGCUCAGGUUCACCCUACAUUGAAUUGCCCUGUGCGUGCUACAUGCGCCAUGAGCGCACUCGUUACAUGUCUCGGCUGUAUCUACGUCGGCAGCACCACGGCCUUCCAGGCCCUUAUCUCGUCCUUUAUCGUGCUUAGCACCCUGUCAUAUUUUGGCGCCAUUUUACCCCAUGUCUUGACCGGCCGUCGCAACAUUGUGCCUGGGCCUUUCUUCAUGGGGAGAAAGCUGGGAAUGGCCGUCAACAUCCUCUCUUUGGCCUAUAUCAUUGUCACCGUGGUUUUCUUCUGCUUUCCCCAGGUGAUGCCUGUUACCGCGCAGAACAUGAACUAUACAAGCGUCAUCACUGUCGGCUUGAUGACAUUGGUUUCGAUUUGGUGGUUUAUUCGUGGAAGAACUCAGUACCGUGGUCCCCAUUUCAGCUUUGAGGCUGCCAAGGACUUGACUUCUGUGCAAACAGGAAAGGGGUAUGGCGAUGCCCCAUUUGAAACUAGAGAAGGGUCUACGGAAGGUUCUGUGAAAGGGAAUUGA